AUAAGUUAAUAAAUAUUUGACACUAAACAAAUAAUAGGGAAAUCUAGAACUCUACAUUUCCAUUUACUGCCAUUUAGUAAAUGAAAGAACUAGAGAGGAUUGGGGAGAACCCAAUUGCACCCAGUUGAGUACUAUGGUUAUGCGCAUGGUUCAUAUUAGGUUAUAUUAAACACUUAUUAAAAACACUGUAUUGUUUGAUACAAUUGUAAAUUUUUACAAUAACAAUAAACAUGGAUGAACUAUUGCACGAUAAACGAUUUGCACAUAUUGCAAGGGAUCCUAAAUUUAAAAGGAUCCCAAAAUCAGAAAGAAAAGUGCAGGUAGAUAAAAGAUUCCAAAGUAUGUUUAAAGAUAAAAAGUUUCGAGUUAAUUAUACUAUUGACAAACGAGGUAGACCAAUAAGUCAAACAUCCUCUGAGAAUCUUAAAAAAUACUAUAAUUUGCCUACAAGUGAAGAGGAAGAUGAUGAUGAAGAUGAAGAAAAAAACAAAGAACAGAAACAACAAUUGAAAAAAGGCAAAUCUAAGAAACUUAAACAAAAAGAGAGUAAAGAACAUAAAAUAAUUAAGUCCAAAGAAAAUAAUAAUAAGAAUGAUAUAAGCAAUGAAGAUCAAGAUGAUGAUGACAAUUGUUUCUCAAGCAAUGGAGAAUUGCUUCGUAUUAAACCAAAAGAAAAAACUCAUACACAUUCUGAAAAGCAGGAAAAAUCUAAAUCUAAAUCUGAAUCUGAAUCUCAGUCUGAGUCUGAGUCUGAGUCUGAGUCUGAGUCUGAAUCUGAGUCUGAAUCUGAGUCUGAUAUAGAUAGCACAAACAUAGACAACCUAAAAGCAGAUUUGAAAGAAAGUAAAAAGCAAUUGCGUAUUAUAGAAAAAGAUGAGUCUAAUAAACUCACUAAAAAAGUUAAAAAGAAGUUAAGAGAUUUAACUGUAAACUAUGCUAGAGGUGAAGGACUUUUAUUAACAGAUAGUUCUUCUGAUGAAGAAAGUUCUGAAGAUUCUGAAGAAGAAGAGAUUGAACACAAUUGGGGAGAAUUAGACAAAGAAGCUGAAACAACAGAUGAGGUUACACGUAGAUUAGCAGUUUGCAAUAUGGACUGGGAUAGAGUUCGUGCUGUAGAUUUAAUGGUUUUAUUCAAUUCUUUCUUACCUAGUGGAGGUUUCAUUAAGUCAGUUACGAUUUAUCCAUCAGAAUUUGGUCAACAACGUAUGAAAGAAGAGGAGAUUAGUGGUCCAAAAGAGCUAACAGAAUUAAGUAAAGAAAGGGAGAUUGAAGAUGAAGAUGAAGAUGAUAAUGAGGAAGGAUCAACAUAUCAUAUGGAAAAAUUAAGACAGUAUCAAUUGAACAGAUUGAAGUAUUAUUAUGCAGUUGUAGAAUUUGAUUCAGCUGAAACAGCAAACAAAAUUUAUACUGAGUGUGAUGGCACAGAGUAUGAAUCCACAUCAACUAGAUUGGAUCUCAGAUUUAUACCAGAUAAUAUGGAUUUUGAUCAGACUCCCAAAGAAGUCUGUGAUAAGUUACCAGAACCUUCAAAGUAUCAACCGAGGCAGUUUACUACUACAGCAUUGCAGCAAGUUAAGGUAGAGUUAACAUGGGAUGAGACAAAUCCUGAAAGAUUAGAACUUACACAAAAGUUAAAUUCCGGAAAAUUAAAUGAAGUCAAUAAGAAUGAUUUACAAGCUUAUUUAGCUACUGAUAGUGAAUCUGAUCCAGAGAAUAAAGAAGAGCAAAACGAAUCUAAAGAAGAAAAAAGUGAUUUGGAAUCAGAAAAAAAUAUUGAUCCAGUGGAAAAAUAUAAAGCUUUACUGAAAGAAAUAGAAGAAAAGGAAGAAGCAAAACAGAAAAAAGACGUUGAAUUAGAAUUUACGUGGGGCUUAGGUACAGAGGAGAAAGCUGAAAAGUUAGUAAAAGAAAGAUUAAAGAAAGACGAGAAUCUAACACCAUUUGAACAAUAUUUGGAAAAACGUAAAGCAAAAAAGAAAGCUAAACGAGAAGAACGAAAAAAACUUAAAAAUGCAGAUGAAAAUGCAUCCACAGAUUCCGAAGAUUCUGAAAAAAUGGAUUCAGAUACAGAUAAUGAGGGUAAAAAAGCUAAAAGUAAUAAAUCGGGUCGCAGAAAGAAAAAUGACCUAGAAAAUGGCAGUUUAAAUUCAUCAGAUGAUGAUGAAGAACGACGAAAAGCGGAAUUAGAACUUUUAUUAAUGGAUGAAAACGAUGACGGUAAACGGCACUUUAAUAUGAAGAAAAUCGAAGAGAAUGCUACGAUGACAAAAUCUAAACAAAAACGACUCAGUAAAAAGAAAAAUGUUCAAGAUCCAGUACAGGAAGAUAACUUUGAAGUAAAUGUACAAGAUCCAAGAUUUAAUGCAUUAUUCACAUCGCAUUAUUUCAAUAUAGAUCCGGCAGAUCCACAUUAUAGGAAAACAAAGGGCACAGAAGCCUUAAUUAAAGAAAAAUUAAAACGAAGAGCGGAAAAUGAUCCUAGCAACGAAAUAAAAGCUAAGGAGCCAAAAAUGAAGUCUAAUGCAGAAUUACAGGCAUUAAUUAAGUCGGUAAAAAAGAACGCAACAAAUAUUUCACGACCAAUAAAAUAAAUAUUUUAAUAUAUAUUCUUACAUUAAACAGAUAGUUAUCCUAACAAUAAUUGUAUACUUUGUUUUACACAGCCAUUGUACAUUUUCUUAGUAUGUGAUUUAUUUAAAAAGAAUAGAAGAAAAUAAUUUUG